GAGCCGGCAGUUGUUGAUUUUGGGUGGUCCCACAUUGAGGAGACGACAUUCUACGGGUAAAUAUGAUGAUAGAAAUACUUAUAUACCGUCAUCAUUCAUUUUCAAGUGCGGAAUUGGUUGUCCGCCAAUUCUUUUGAAGGAAGCUUGGAGCGUGUCAUUGUUUAUGCUGGAUCGCAAUUGAUUUAGACACAACUCUGGACAAGUCAUGUUGGACUUACUCUCAUCAGCUACGUUCCUACUCUUAGCAGGUACCGUCACCUGCGACAAGUUUGAGCGACCUCGCAAGCCCAUAUAUCUCGAAAAGUCCGGAGGAUUCCAGAUCGGCGGAAAGAUCAUCAACAGUCCCUCCCGGCCCAACGAGACGCUCUCCUGCGACCAUGGCUACAUGGAAUACUUCAUCCCCUGGCGACCGCGCCGAACCAGCCUCGUAAUGUGGCACAGCUCGAGCACGCAAGUCUGGCAAAACCGCUGGGACGGCGGCGAAGGCUACAAAGACAUGUUCCUCCGCCGAAACUAUCCCGUCUACCUGUGGGACGGGCCGCGAGUGGGACGCGCGAACUGGGCCUGCGAACCCACGACGUAUUUCCCGUCGUACCAGGACCAUGCGAACUUCGGGGCGUGGAACUUCGGGCCCAGUUAUAAGAAUUGGUGGCCAGAUGUGCAGUUUCCAACGAGAGAUGAGGCGGCGUGGCAGCAGGCGACGAGCGCGAGAUAUGUGGAGUAUGACACGAAGGCGAAUGUCGAGUUGCAGUCUGAUGCGGCGGCGAUUGCGGCCGACUCUGGUCGCAUUGGAGAGGAUAUUGUGUAUUUGACGAAUUCGGCGGGAGGGCUACGCGCAAUGAUGACGACGACCAAGGCGAAUGGGACGAAUAUCAAGGGAAUCGUUACGUACGAAUCAAUUGGUUACGUCUUUCCGGAUAAUAUCAACAUCACGGCUGGGACUGGAGGGUUUGGUCCUUUCGUUGUGCCGCUCGAGAGAUUCAAGAAGCUGGCGAAGGUCAAAAGCAUACAGUUUGUUUGGGGUGACCAUCGUCCGGAGAACCAUACGAGCGUCAUGGAGAGUAGGUUGGUCGCAAAGCUGAUCAAUCAGUAUGGCGGAAAUGCGAAGGUUAUGAAGUUGGGCGAGGAUGCCGGACUCAAGGGCAGCACGCACAUCCCAUUUGCGGAUUUGGACAACAGAAAGGUGGCAGGGUUACUCGAUGAUUUCCUAGAAGAGGCAGAAUUAGAUGAGUAUGCAGAUGGUGACGAUUGGAAUUAGGAGCGGCCAGCAUGCGAAGCUGCUGCCAGUUGUUGACUGGAAAAAGUCAAGGUAUGGAACACAGAUCAGAUCAUCAUUUUCUUUGUGAUAUCGUCAAAUACAAAAGUCUCAUCAUUGAUGUCCUUGUCUCUUUGCGAGUUCACA